AUUUGUGGCCAACUCACCAAUAUAUUAACAUAUAAGUGGCCUUUUGUCAGUUCUUGCCUACUUUAGCAACAAAACCAUCAAGCGAUUAAUACAGACAUCUAAUCAUCCACAGACUCAACUGCAAGCGACGAGAUUUUUUUUGAACAGCAAUAAGCUAGCAUCCAGAAUUUUCAAUUGAAAGCUACAAAGAAUUUCAGACGGCAACACAGAAGUUGAUCUAUCUUUUGUAGUUUGGGCAUGACAAAGUUUCUUCAUGUUAUUUCACCUUAGAUUCAAGUAUCCCAGCAUGCAUAAUGGAGACUGGACCUGAUAUAUCAGAAGCCGUUUCUUACAAUGGAAGAAUUUGUCAGGCUGAUGAAAUAACAAGACAAGCAGAAAUGGUGAUUUCAGAUGACGAAAAGCAGCUUCAAAAAGGUGAAAAAAUUGAGGCUGUAGAAGAGGCAGGAAUAGAGAUGACAGAAGUGGAAGAGAUAAACAAAAAGGCAAUACCAGGUGACAAAAACCAUGACACAAUAAAUGUUACAGGAACUAGUUCACAGAUGGCAAAGACUGAAGAAGAAAACCUCAACAUUGAAGGGCAUGAAACUUUAAAGGAUGAGAGAGUCCAUGAUCAACAUGUUGAAGUAAUUUCAAAUCAACAGGCUUCCAUUGAAGAAAUCCCACAAAGUACAGAGAGAGAGAUGAAGGAUGCACAGAAAGAAGAGGAAAGAGAGACAGUGGUGGACAAAGAUGCUUUGGUAGAAUCAAGUGAAGAAGUUAUCAGCAUACUUGAGGCAACCGCGGUUCAAACUAGUAAAGCUUCAGUUCAUACCAAAGAUUUGACAGUCAACAACUUAAAAAAGGAUGUUCAAACAGUGACAGACCUAUGUACCAAAGAUGAAACUAUAGACAAAUCCUCUACCGCUGACACCACACUCUUCCAAGAAGGGCUUGAAGAAACAAAAUUGAAAGGAUUAGAGUACAAGGAAACUGAGAAGUACUCUGAUUUGGUGGCUGAGGAAAAGGGUCUUGAAACAAUUAGGCCUAGUGAAGAGAAAGGAAAUAAGGACAAGAAAGAUAAGGUCAUGUAUGAUAGAAUUGAAGAUGCCUCCUUUUCAACUAAAGAAGAAAGUCCAAACAUUCAGAAUGAUGAAGGCACAACCUUGGAUAUUGGAGAUGGAGAUAAGGACAAGCCUGAAAAGUCAUCUGUCAUCCUAGAACAAAGCAGGACAAGCCAACAAGAAGAUGGACCAGAAGUAGGAGAGAAGAUAAAAGACGCCUGCAGCACUGAAUGCGAAGAGAAAAAACAAGAUGCAACUGAAUUAAACAAGCAAGAGAAAGAUGUAACUUCAGUUGAAGAUGAAAUGCAAAAUAAGAACAGGUUAGAUACCCCCUUUGUCACAGAAGAGACAAGCCAGCAGGAAGUAGACAAUUCUGAGAUAUUCAAAGUGGACCCCAAAAUUGGGUUAGAGAAUAUUGUCGUGGAGAGUACAAAAGAAGUUACAAACCCAAAUGAAAUCUUUGAGAAAUUUGCCCAAGCUGAUAGCUCUGCAAGUGAAAACAGUAAGGAUGUUGAAAAUUAUGACAAAAAGCCUGAUGCUUCCUCCGGGUCAUGUGAGGAUGGUAUGCAGAGCAAAGCUGAGGACCUGGAUGUGACAGAAGCUUCAGCAGGGGAGACAAGAGAGAAGGAAGGGUUUACAGUCAUGGUGAAUGAAGAUAACAUCAGCAAAACAGAUUUCAUUGAGGCCAUGAAGCUUAGCAAAUUGGAAUCAAAAGAGCACGAGGGAGGCCCUGAGCAUAAUUUAUUGCAGCAAAAUGAACCAGAAAAGGAGGAGCUUGAAAGACCCUCAAAUAAGAUUUCUGAGGAGAUUGAAACAGGAGCUUCAAGGGAAAACACUCAAUUCGAAAAUCCAGAAGAUAGUUUCAAGGAAAAAAGGCAGGAUGACAAAUCAACUGCUACUUAUGAUACCACUAGUGUUGAAAUUCCUGGGCAAAAGAAUCCCCCACUGAUUGAUUCAAAUGAGAAGACUGAAAGUUCAGAAGCUGAAAUUCCAAACAACAAUGCCAACAAUUUACAUGUUACACAUUCAUUGGUUGAAGAGACAGAACAAGUGCAAGGCAAAAGGAUUGAUGAAGUCUUCGAAUUUGAACCUGAAGAAGAAAUACAAAAGUCAACUUGUACCUCUACGGAUGAGGAAAAUCAAGCAGCAAAUGCGUCUGAAGCAUACAAAAGCACAGAGGGCACAGUAAUAGAGCAUUCAUCUGCAGAAGGGACAGUAAGAAUGGAAACAAACAUUACUGAGAAACUUGAAACAGUUUAUGGAUUGGAAUCUGAUGAGAAGUUAGAGGUCAGUGAUGCUCAGGCUAACAUACCAGAGGUGGCACAUAAGGAAGAAGCUAUUGUUAUAGGUAUACAUAAAAUUGCAAAAAGUAAUGACAUUGAAGAAGGCUCACUUGAAAAUGACAGAACUAAAGUCGCCCACUCUGUAUAUACUGGAGACAAGACUGUCGAGCAAAGCUUACCAGUAAGAAGUCUUACAGAACCAGCACCAACAUUGAGCGGUGAAGAUGAGAGGAGCAAUAUAAUACUGGAAGAGGUGCAUGAUGGGCAUAAGAUUCCAGUUCCAGGUAGUGGGGAUGUCAAUAAAGAACAGAUUUUUGAAGCCAAUGCUACAUUUUUCACACCAAAACCAAUUGAAAAGGAAACAACAAAGAUAUACCAAGACAGUGAAAAGGAAACAAAAAUUUCAAGAGAGGAGGAUGGCAGUUUAGAGAUAAUGAAAGAAGGACAAGUCAAUGAACUCUCGCAGGAGUCCAUUGGAAAAGGUCCAAUUCAGGACUUCAAAGAAGAUGAAAAGGAAGCCUACAAAGAUGAGAUUUUAGAGAAGUCACAGCCUGCCAGAGCAGGUGAGAGCAUUGUACAUGAGAUAAAUCAUGAUGAAAGCUCGGAAGAAAUUCUUCAUGCUUCAUUGGCAAAACAAGAGGAAGGUCUCCAGGGAGAAGUUGAGCACCUGGUUUCUACAGAAGCUUCAGCAGAGAAUGGAGACAAGGACACAUCUUCUGUCAAAGUGACUGAGGACAACAAUGACAAUAACAAUAUCGGGCUAGCUGAAGCUACAGGAAACAGUGCAAAGGUAACUCCACAAGGGGAAGAAGAUUCAGAAGAGGGACUGCAGAUAGAUGAAACAGCAAGCAUUGUAGUUGAAAGCCCAGAAGAUAUUCUCAUUGCUUCAUUAGUGAAACAAAAGGAAGAUCUGCAAGAAGAAGGUGAAAAACUGGAUUCAACUGAAGCUUCAAUAAAGAACAAUGAUGAGGAAACAUAUUCCAUCAAAAUGGCUGAAGAGAAUGAUGAAAAUAACAAGCUAGCUGAAACUACAGAAACCAGUGUAAAGGUAACACCAAAAGGUGAAGAAGAUUCAGAACAUGCUUUACAGCAUGAUGAACCCCGAGAGACAAAACAUGAGUUUGAAAGCCCUGGAGAAGUUCUUGAUACUUCAUUGGUGAACCCAGGGAAAGGCUUGCAGGGAGAAAGUACAAACCUGGCUCAAGCAGAAACUUCACAAGAGAAAAGAGAUGAAGGCAUAUCUUCUGUCAAAGUUGUGGACAAUGACAGGCUAGCUGAGACUACAGAGAACAGAGAAAAGGCAACACCAGAAGGUGAAGAAGAUUCAGAUCAAAUUUUACAGAAAGAUGAACCAGGAGAGGGCAUUACACGUGAGACAAAUAAUGGAGCCGAAAUCCCAGAGAAUAUUUCUGAUCCUACUUUGGUGACACAGGAGGAAGGCCUGCAGGGAGAAUCUGAAAACCUGGCUCCAACAGAAGCUGCAAUAGAGAAAAGAGAUGAGGACAAAUCUUACAUCAAAGUAACUGAGGACAACGAUGACAAUGAACAAGCUGAAGGUACAGAAAACAGUGAAAAGGUAACACCAGAAGGUGGAGAAGAUUCAGAGAAAAUACUACAGAUAGAUGAACCAAGACAGAGCAUUGUAGGCAUGGAAAAUCGCAAUGUUGACAGCCCUGAAGGUGAAGAAGAUUCAGAACAUGCUUUACAGCAUAAUGAACCACGAGAGACAAAUCAUGAGUUUGAAAGCCCUGGAGAAGUUCUUGAUACUUCAUUGGUAGGGAAAGGUUUGCAGGGAGAAUGUACGAACCUGGCUCCAGCAGAAACUUCACAAGAGAAAAGAGAUGAAGGCAUAUCUUCUGCCAAAAUUGUUGAGGACAAUGACAGGCUAGUUGAGACUACAGAGGACAGAGCAAAGGCAACACCAGAAGGUGAAGAAGAUUCAGAUCAAAUUUUACAGAAAGAUGAACCAGCAGAGGGCAUUACACGUGAGACAAAUAAUGGAGCCGUUUCUGAUCCUACAUUGGUGAAACAGGAGGAAGACCUGCAGGGAGAAUCUGAAAACCUGGCUCCAAGAAUAGAAGCUGCAAUAGAGAAAAGAGAAGAGGAAUCUUACAUCAAAGUAACUGAGGACAACAAUGAUAAUGAACAAGCUGAAGUUACAGAAAACAGUGAAAAGGUAACACCAGAAGGUGGAGAAGAUUCAGAGAAAAUACUACAGGUAGAUGAACCAGGACAGAGCAUUGUAGGCAUGGAAAAUCGCAAUGUUGACAGCCCUGAAGGUGAAGAAGAUUCAGAACAAGCUUUACAGCGUGAUGAACCACGAGAGACAAAUCAUGAGUUUGAAAGCCCCGGAGAAAUUCUUGAUACUUCAUUGGUGAACUCAGGGAAAGGUUUGCAGGGAGAAAGUACGAACCUGGCUCAAGCAGAAACUUCACAAGAGAAAAGAGAUGAAGCCAUUACUUCUGUCAAAGUUGCUGUGGACAAUGAUGACAAUGACAAACUAGCUGAGGCUAUAGAGAACAGUGCAAAGGCAACACCAGAAGGUGACGAAAAUUCAGAACAAAUUUUACAGAAAUAUGAACCAGGAGAGGGCAUUACACAUGAGACAAAUAAUGGAGCCGAAAUCUUAGAAACUAUUUCUGAUCCUCCAUUGGUGAAACAGGAGGAAGGCCUACAGGGAGAAUCUGAAAACCUGGCUCCAACAGAAGCUGCAAUAGAGAAAAGAGAUGAGGACACAUCUUACAUCAAAGAGGUUGAGGACAACAAUGACAAUGGACAAGCUGAAGCUAUAGAAAACAGUGAAAAGGUAACACCAGAAGGUGGAGAAGAUUCAGAGAAAAUACAACAGAUAAAUGAACCAGGACAGAACAUUGUAGGCAUGGAAAAUCGCAAUGUUGACAGCCCUGAAAAUAAUCUUGAUACUUUGUUCGUGAAACAAGAGGAAGUUCUACAGGGAGAAGGUUAUAACUCGGUUCCGACAAAAACUUCAAUAGAGAAUAGUGAUGAGGACACAUUUUCUGUCAAAGUGGCUGAAAACAAUGAUGAGAAUAAUAGACCAGCUGAGACUAUGGAAGACGGUGUAAAGGUCACACCAAAAGGUGAAGAAAAUUCAGAGCAGGUCUUGCAGAAAGAUGACCCACAAGAGAAAUAUCACAAUGUUGAAAGCCCAGACAAUAUUCUUGAUAAAUCAUUGUUGAAUCUAGAGGAAGACCUCCAUGUAGAUGGCGAGGACUUAGCUCCAACAGAAGCUUCAAUAGAGAAUAAAGAUGAGGACUCAUCUCUUGUCAAAGUGGCUGAACACAAAGAUGGCAAUAAUAGGCAAGAUGAGGCCAAAGAAAACAAUGCCGAUGGAACACCAAAAGAUGAAGAAGAUUCAGAACAUGUUUUACAGAAAGAUGCAGUUGAUGAGAGCAUCACAUGUGAGACAGAUCAUGAAGUUGAAAAACAUGAAAAAGCUCUUAAUACUCCACUAGCAAAACAAGAGGAAUGUCUGCAGGGACAAGAUGAAAACAUGAUUCCAACAGAAGCUUCAAUAGAGAAAAGAGAUGGGGAAAUAUCUUCUACGAAAAUAGCUGAAGGCAAUGAUGGCAUUAACGGGGUUGCUGAGGCUGAAGGAAAUAGUGUGAAGGAAACAGCAAAAGGUGGAGAAGAGUUGGAACCAGUCUUCCAGAGAGAUGCAAAUGAGAAGCUUGAACAACUUCUAGAUGUAACACCUGAAGAAAUGGAGGCAGAAUCUUCAAGUGAAAAUAUGAAAAAGAGUACCUGCAUGAAAGAGGAAGGAAUCAUUCAGAACGUUGAAGAAACUUCAAAAAAAGAAAAGAGAGAAGAAACAGAAACUACUGAUGAUAAAAAAGAAAAAGAAGCUGCCAGAGAAAAGACAUUUGAUGCUACUACUAGUAUCGACAAAGGAAAUAGGGAACUGAUAUUAGAGGAAAUUGACAGUGUUAAGGACCAAUCUCCAGAAUUUAAUGAGAAAGAAACAACUGAAGAGAACUCCAAGGAUCAACAGGAAUGUAGGGGGUUAGGGACAACAGCUUCAAGUAUAGAAGAAGAAAAACCAAACUUGGAGGAGCCAGGCAUUGCAGAACUCUCUUCUUCAUCAGUUGGAGAGGUAAUAGUAAAGGAGUUAAAAGAAGAGGUCAAAGGCCCAAAUUUGGAGUUCAUAGAGCAGAUUGGAGCAAAAGAUUUGACAGAGGAAUCAAAAUCAGGGACCUUACAGGACAGUGAAGAGCCGAAUAAAAACUUCAGUACUUUGAUUAUUGCAGAAACCUCUUCUUUUGUACCUGAUAUAUUUGAGAAAAUGAUCAAAGAACAAAUCCUGAAGCAGGAUGAACACACAAAUAAUGAUUUUGACUCUGCAUCUGUCACAAUUCUUAGUGAAGAAACAGGCUUGAAAGAAGCCAAACCAGAAGAUAAUGAGCAAGUCAAAAGCUCUGAUAUUGCUACUGAAGGGCCAGCAACAACUGAAACAGACAGAUCUAACUUAGUCAAUGUAGAUAUUGAUGUCCAACCAGAGAAGAUUUCCAGCUUAGAAGAGAAUAGGAACAAGGGGAUUUUGACUGUAGCAGAAGGAGGUAGAGAAAAAAAGGAGCAUCAAAUGGAGGAUAAAGCUCCUACAACAGGAAUUGGCCAUGAAGUAGAAGUGGCCACUGCUGAGAAACCUUUAGAUAGCAUAUCAGAAGAUAGCUUUCAAGAUUCUUAUAUGACGCCUUUGAAAGACCAUGAGCCCAUGAUAAUUGAAUUAAGCAGGAUCGUAGAAGAGACUCUAGCAAGAGAUGAAACCACAUAUGCAAAUGCCAAAACUCCUUCCAGGGUGAAGGAAACAAAUGAGAACUUAACGCAAAAGGAAGAUGAAUCCAUUAAAUCUAAAGACGUUUCUGAAUUGUUCUCUUCAGAUGAUGGGAAGGAGGGUGUAAAUGAAGAAGUCCAAAAGCACAAAGAUGCAGAGUCACAUAUGCUCCCUAAGAUACAUAAUGAAAAGAAUAGCUAUGAUGCAGAAGAUGUGGAUAUCUCAAAGAGGGGAGAAACCAGUGAUUCAGCGGAUCAAACUGAGGUUUUUAUUACUAGUGUCAGCAAAGGAAAUAGGGAACAUAUACUAGAGGAAACUGAUAUUGUUAAGGACCAGUCUCCAGCAUUCAAUGAGAAAGAAACAACUGAAGAGAACUCCAAAGAUGAUCAGGAAUCUAGAGGGUUUGAGACAACAGCUUCACAUAUAGAAACAGAACAACCGAACUUGGAGGAACCAAACAUCACAGAACUCUCUUCUUUAUCAGUUGGAGAAGUAACAAGAAAGGAAAACUUAAAGGAAGAUGAAAGUGAUGCUAUGAAGUUAAAAGAGGAGGUCAAAAGCCCAGAUUUGGAGUUCAUAGAGCAGAUCAGGGUAAAAGAUUUGACAGAGGAAUCAAAAUCGGGGACCUUACAGGACGGUGCAGAGCCAAAUAAGAACAUAAUUUUGACUUCUGCAGAAAACUCUUCCUUUGUGCCUGAGGUAUCUGAGAAAGAGACCAAAGAAGAAAUCCUGAAGCAAGAAGAACACACUAAUAAUGAUUUUGACUCUGCAUCUGUCACAGUUUUGUGUGAAGAAACGGGCUUGAAAGAAGCCAAACCAGAAAAUUAUGAGCAAGUCAAAAGCUCUGAUAUUGCUUCUGAAGGGAAGGGUCCAGCAACCAUUGAAACAGAAGAAACUAACUUAGACAAUGUAGAUAUUGAUGUCCAACCAGAGGAAAUUUCUGGCUUAGAAGAGAAUAGGAACAAGGAGAUUUCGACUGUAGCAGAUGGAGGUGAAGAAAAAAUUGAGCAUCAAAUGGAAAAAGAAGAACCUCCUGGAGGAAUUGGCCACGAAGUAGAAGUGACCACCGCUGAGAAACCCAUAGAUAGCAUAUCAGAAGAUAGCUCUCGAGAUUCUUAUGUAAUGCCACUGAAAGACCAUGAGCCCAUAACAAUUGUAGUAAGCAAGACAGUAGAAGAGACUCCAGAAAAAGAUGUUAUCGCAGAUGUAAAUGCCAAAACUCCUUCCAGUGUGCAGGAAACAGAUGAGAAGUUAAUACAAAAGGAAGAUGAACCCAUUAAACCAAAAGAUGUUUCUGAAUUGUUCUCUUCAGACAAUGGGAAGGAGGGUGCAAAUGAAAAAGUCCAAAAGCUCAAGGAUGCAGACUCACAAAUGCCCCCAGAGCUACACGGUGAAAAGAAUAGCUAUGAUACAGAAGAUUUGGAGAUCUCACAGAGGGGAGAAACCAGUGAUUUAGCAGAUCAAACUGAGGUAUCCAAAUUGGACACUUUCACACAUGAAAAUCCAUCUAAUGAGGCCUCAAAGGAUAUUGCAAUUAGUACAUGUAAAGAUAGUGAAAAGGCUACCCUGGAACAAGAGGAUUCUGUUCAGAACUUGGAAGGUAGCUUAAAAGGUGAUGUAGUAGAGAAAGGAACAGCUGAAUUGAAUGCAGGAGCCCAUAGCCACGAAUGUGAGCCUACAAACACCAAAGACAAUGAUCAAAUAGCAGAAAAGAAUCUAGAAUCAGCUGAUCUGGGUCAAAAGCCUGAUUUUGUCUCUGAAUCAACGAACAAAGAUCAAAGUGAUGAUACACUUCCUCAAACCAACAAGAGUCAAACUGAGGAGAACAAAGAUGAUGUUCAGGAGUGGAAUUCAGAAUCUGUUGAGCAAAAGAAUAUAGGCCAAAUUGAAGGUGAAACAGAGAGAAAAAUGGAAAUGGAGCCCAAAUUGGAAGCCAAAGAUCAUAUUCAUGAAUCACAAAAGGCAGAAGACACCAUUACUGCUGUCAGUACUACUGAAAAGGUGCAUGACGGAGUUAAGAAAGUCAAUGGAAGUGAAGACAUAAGAGAACAUGCGACAGAUGGAGAGAGUGAUGUGAAGGAAAUUCAUACUGUAUCUACUAGAGAUGAAAUAGCUGAGAAGGAGAAAGACUCUGGCCCAGAAUCCACUGAAUAUCUUAAGACAAUAGACUCUGAGGAACAUACAGAAACAACAAACACAAAGAUUGAAGAAGAUCCAGCAGGAGAGACAGAAACACCUGUUACAAAAGCACCAGAAGAAGAAAAGAUACCAGAUGAAAGUGGUCUUGAGCCAGCAGAUGUGCAUAAGGGAGUUGAGGACGUUGAUGAAAGUGAAAGCACCAGGGAACAGGCCAUUGAAGGAGAGAGCAACUUGAAAGAAAUUCAUACAAUAUUAGCUAAAGAUGAAAUACUUGAGAAGGAAAAGGACUAUGGCCUAGAAUCCACUGAAUGUCUCAAGGCAUCAUACUCCAAGGAGCAGACAGAAACUGUAAACACGAAUAUUGAAGAAGAUCCAACAGGGGAGACAAGGGUACUUAUUACAGAAGCACCAACAGAAGUAAAGAUACCAAAUGAAGAUGGUCUAGAGCCAGCAGAAGAGCAUGAGGGAGUUGAGAAAGUUAAUGAAAGUGAAAACAUCAUAGAACAGGCCAAAGAUAGAAAGAGCGACUUGAAGGAAACUCAUGCAAUAUUUGCUAGAGAUGAAAUACUUGACGAGGUGAAAGACUGUGGCCUAGAUUCCAUUGAAUAUGUUAAGACAACAGAAUCUAAGGAACAAAUAGAAACGGUGAACACAAAUAUUGAAAAAGAUCCAAUGGAGGAGUCAAAAGCACCUAUUACAAAAGCACUAGAAGAAGAAAAGAUACAAGAUGAAGGUAUUCCUAAGCCGACAGAUGAGAGUGAGGGAGUUGAUAAAACUGAUGAAAGUGAAAACAUCAGAGAAGAAGCCACAGAUGGAGACAGUGGCUUGAAGGAAACUCAUGCAAUAUUUGCUAGAGAUGAAAUACUUGAGGAGGUGAAAGACUGUGGCCUAGAUUCCAUUAAACAUGUUAAGACAACAAAUUCUAAGGAACAAAUAGAAACGGUGAAUGCAAAUAUUGAAAAAGAUCCAAUGGGGGAGUCAGAAGCACCUAUUACAAAAGCACCAGAAGAACAAAAGAUAAAAGAUGAAGGUAUUCUUAAGCCGACAGAUGAGCGUGAGGGAGUAAAUAAAACAGAUGAAAGUGAAAACAUCAGAGAAGAAGCCACAGAUGGAGACAGUGGCUUGAAGGAAACUCCAUCAAUAUUUGCAAGAGAUGAAAUACUUGAGGAGGUGAAAGACUUUGGCCCAGAUUCCAUUGAAUAUGUUAAGACAACAGAUACUAAGGAACAAACAGAAACGGUGAACGCAGAUAUAGAAAAAGAUCCAAUGGGGAAGUCAGAAGCACCUAUAACAAAAGCACCAGAAGAAGAAAACAUACAAGAUGAAGGUAUUCUUAAGCCGACAGAUGAGCACGAGGGAGUUGAUAAAACUAAUGAAAGAGAAAACAUCAGAGAAGAAGCCACAGAUGGAGACAGUGGCUUGAAGGAAACUCAUGCAAUAUUUCCUAGAGAAGAAAUACUUGAGGAGAAACAGGAGAAAGACUCUGGCCCAGAAGAAGAAAAGAUAAAAGAUGAAGGUAUUCUUAAGCCGACAGAUGAGCGUGAGGGAGUUGAUAAAACUGAUGAAAGUGAAAACAUCAAAGAAGAAGCCACAGAUGGAGACAGUGGCUUGAAGGAAACUCAUGCAAUAUUUGCUAGAGACGAAAUACUUGAGGAGAAACAGGAGAAAGACUCUGGCCCAAAUUCCAUUGAAUAUGUUACGACAACAGAUUCUAAGGAACAAAUAGAAACGGUGAACGCAGACAAUGAAAAAGAUCCAAUGGGGGAGUCAGAAACACCCGUUACAAAAGCACCAGAAGAAGAAAAGAUACAAGAUGAAGGUAUUCUUAAGCCGACAAAUGAGCGUGAAGGAGUUGAUAAAACUAAUGAAAGUGAAAACAUCAUAGAAGAAGCCAUAGAUGGACAAAGUGGCUUGACGGAAACUCAUGCAAUAUUUGCUAGAGACGAAAUACUUGAGGAGGUGAAAGACUGUGGCCCAGAUUCCAUUGAAUAUGUGAAGACAACAGAUUCUAAGGAACAAAUAGAAACGGUGAACGCAAAUAUUGAAAAAGAUCCAAUGGGGGAGUCAGAAGCACCUGUUACAAAAGUACCAGAAGAAGAAAAGAUACAAGAUGAAGGUAUUCUUAAGCCGACAGAUAAGCGUGAGGGAGUUGACAAAAUUGAUGAAAGUGAAAACAUCAGAGAAGAAGCCACAGAUGGAGACAGUGGCUUGAAGGAAACUCAUGCAAUAUUUGCUAGAGACGAAACACUUGAGGAGAAACAGGUGAAAGACUGUGGCCCAGAUUCCAUUGAAUAUGCUAAGAAAAAAGAUUGUAAGGAACAAAUAGAAACAGUGAACGCAGAUAUUCAAAAGGAUCCAAUGGUGGAGUCAGAAGCACCUGUUACAAAAGUACCAGAAGAAGAAAAGAUACAAGAUGAAGGUAUUCUUAAGCCAACAGAUGAGCAUGAGGGAGUUGACAAAACUGAUGAAAGUGAAAACAUCAGAGAAGAAGCCAUAGAUGGAGACAGUGGCUUAGAGGAAACUCAUGCAAUAUUUGCUAGAGAUGAAACACUUGAGGAGGUGAAAGACUGUGGCCCCGAUUCCAUUGAAUAUGUUAAGACAACAGAUUCUAAGGAACAAAUAGAAACGGUGAACGCAGACAUUGAAAAAGAUCCAAUGGGGGAGUCAAAAGCACCUGUUACAAAAGCACCAGAAGAAGAAAAGAUACAAGAUGAAGGUAUUCUUAAGCCGACAAAUGAGAGUGAGGGAGUUGAUAAAACUGAUGAAAGUGAAAACAUCAGAGAAGAAGCCAGAGAAGGAGACAGUGGCUUGAAGGAAACUCAUGCAAUAUUUGCUAGAGACGAAAUACUUGAGGAGAAACAGGUGAAAGACUAUGGCCCAGAUUCCAUUGAAUAUGUUAAGACAACAGAUUCUAAGGAACAAAUAGAAACGGUGAACACAGGUAUUGAAAAAGAUCCAAUGGGAGAGUCAGAAGCACCUUUUACAAAAGCCCCAGAAGAAGAAAAGAUACAAGAUGAAAGUAUUCUUAAACCGAUAGAUCAACAUGAGGGAAUUGAUAAAACUGAUGAAAGUGAAAACAUCAGAGAAGAAGCCACAGAUGGAGACAGUGGCUUGAAGGAAACUGAUGCAAUAUUUGCUAGAGACAAAACACUUGAGAAGGUGAAAGACUGUGGCUCAGAUUCCAUUGAAUAUGUUAAGACAACAGAUUCUAAGGAACAAAUAGAAACGGUGAACACAGAUAUUGAAAAAGAUCCAAUGGGAGAGUCAAAAGUACCUUUUACAAAAGCACCAGAAGAAGAAAAGAUACAAGAUGCAGGCAUUUUUAAGCCGACAGAUGAGCGUGAGGGAGUUGAUAAAAUUGAUGAAAGUGAAAACAUCAGAGAAGAAGCAACAGAUGGAGACAGUGGCUUGAAGGAAACUCAAGCAAUAUUUGCUAGAGAUGAAAUACUUGAGGAGGUGAAAGACUGUGGCCCAGAUUCCAUUGAAUAUGUUAAGACAACAGAUUCUAAGGAACGAAUAGAAACGGUGAACGCAGAUAUUGAAAAUGAUCCAAUGGGGGAGUCAGAAGCACCUGUUACAAAAGCACCAGAAGAAGAAAAGAUACAAGAUGAAGGUAUUCUUAAGCCGACAAAUGAGAGUGAGGGAGUUGAUAAAACUGAUGAAAGUGAAAACAUCAGAGAAGAAGCUAGAGAAGGAGACAGUGGCUUGAAGGAAACUCAUGCAAUAUUUGCUAGAGAGGAAAUACUUGAGGAGGUGAAAGACUGUGGCCCAGAUUCUAUUGAAUAUGUUAAGACAACAAAUUCUAAGGAACAAAUAGAAACGGUGAACACAGAUAUUGAAAAAGAUCCAAUGGGAGAGUCAGAAGCACCUUUUACAAAAGCACCAGAAGAAGAAAAGAUACAAGAUGAAGGUAUUCUUAAGCCGACAGAUGAGCGUGAGGGAGUUGAUAAAACUGAUGAAAGUGAAAACAUCAGAGAAGAAGCCAUAGAUGGAGACAGUGACUUGAAGGAAACUCAAGCAAUAUUUGCUAGAGACAAAAUACUUGAGGAGGUGAAAGACUGUGGCCCAAAUUCCAUUGAAUAUGUUACAACAACAGAUUCUGAGGAACAAAUAGAAACAGUGAACGCAGAUAUUGAAAAAGAUCCAAUGGGAAAGUCAGAAGCACCUGUUACAAAAGCACCAAAAGAAGAAAAGAUACAAGAUGAAGGUAUUAUUAAGCCGACAGAUGAGCGUGAGGGAGUUGAUAAAACUGAUGAAAGUGACAACAUCAGAGAGGAAGCCACAGAUGGAGACAGUGGCUUGAAGGAAACUCACGCAAUAUUUGCUAGAGACGAAAUACCUAAGGAGGUGAAAGACUGUGGCCCAGAUUCCACUGAACAUGUUAAGACAACAGAUUCUAAGGAACAAAUAGAAACGGUGAACGCAAAUAUUGAAAAAGAUCCAAUGGGGGAGUCAGAAGCACCUGUUACAAAAGCACCAGAAGAAGAAAAGAUACAAGAUGAAGGUAUUCUUAAGCCGACAGAUGAGCGUGAGGGAGUUGAUAAAACUGAUGAAAGUGAAAACAUCAGAGAAGAAGCCACAGAUGGAGAAAGUGGCUUGAAGGAAACUCAAGCAAUAUUUGCUAGAGACGAAAUACUUGAGGAGAAACAGGUGAAAGACUGUGGCCCAGAUUCCAUUGAAUAUGUUAAGACAACAGAUUAUGAGGAACAAAUAGAAACAGUGAACGCAGAUAUUGAAAAAGAUCCAAUGGGAAAGUCAGAAGCACCUGUUACAAAAGCACCAGAAGAAGAAAAGAUACAAGAUGAAGGUAUUCUUAAGCCGAUAGAUGAGCGUGAGGGAGUUGAUGAAACUGAUGAAAGUGAAAACAUCAGAGAGGAAGCCACAAAUGGAGACAAUGGCUUGAAGGAAACUCAUGCAAUAUUUGCUAGAGAUGAAAUACUUGAGGAGGUGAAAGACUGUGGCCGAGAUUCCAUUGAACAUGUUAAGACAACAGAUUCUAAGGAACAAAUAGAAACGGUGAACGCAAAUAUUGAAAAAGAUCCAAUGGGGGAGUCAGAAGCACCUGUUACAAAAGCACCAGAAGAAGAAAAGAUACAAGAUGAAGGUAUUCUUAAGCCGACAAAUGAGAGUGAGGGAGUUGAUAAAACUGAUGAAAGUGAAAACAUCAAUGUAGAAGCCACAGAUGGAGAUAGUGGCUUGAAGGAAACUCAUGCAAUAUUUGCUAGAGAUGAAAUACUUGAGGAGGUGAAAGACUGUGGCCUAGAUUCCAUUGAACAUGUUAAGACAAUAGAAACGGUGAACGCAAAUAUUGAAAAAGAUCCAAUGGGGGAGUCAGAAGCACCUGUUACAAAAGCACCAGAAGAAGAAAAGAUACAAGAUGAAGGUAUUCUUAAGUCGACAAAUGAGCAUGAGGGAGUUGAUAAAACUAAUGAAAGUGAAAACCUCAGAGAAGAAGCCACAGAUGGAGAUAGUAGCUUGAAGGAAAUUCAUACAGUAUCUGUUGGACAAGAAAUAGUUGAGAACGUGGAAGAGUCUGGCCCAAAAUCCAUUGAACAUCUCAAGGCAACAGACUCCAAGGAGCAAACAAAAACUGUAAACAUGAAUAUUGAAAAAGUUACAACCGGAGAGAUAGAAGUACUUGUUACAAGAACACGAGAAGAGGAUAGUCUUAAGCCAGUAGAAGUGCAUGAAGAAGUUGAGAAAGUUAAUGAAAGUAAAAACAUCAUAGAAGAGGCCAUAGAUGGAGAAAGCGGCUUGGAGGAAAUUCAUACAAGAUCUGUUGGAGACGAAAUACUUGAGAAGAUGAACAACUCUGGUCCAGAAUCAACUGAAUAUCUUAAGGCAACAGACUCUAAAGAGCAAAUAGGAACAGCGAACACAAAUAUUGAAGAAUAUCCAACAGGGGAAACAGAAGCACCUUUUACAAAAGCACUGGAAGAGGAAGAGAUGAAAGAUGAAGGAACUCUUAAACCAGCAGAUGUGCAUGAAGGAGUUGAGAAAGUUGAUGAAAGUGACAACAUCAUACAACAAGCCACAGAUGGAGAAAGCGACAUGAAAAAUAUUCAUACAAUAUCUAUUGAAGAUGAAAAACUUGAGAACGUUAAAGAUUCUGGCUCAGAAUCCAUUGAGUAUUUCAAGGAAAUAGACUCCAAGGAGCAUAUAGAAACUGAAAACAAGGGUAUUAAAGAAAAUCCAACAAGGGAGACAGAAGUACCUGUUAUAAAAGCACCAAAAGAGGAAAAUUUUCCAGAUGAAGGGAGUCUUAAGCCGGUAGAAGUCCAUGAAGGAGUUGAGAAAGCUACAGAAAGUGAAAACAUUAUAGAACAGCCCGUAGAUGGAGUGAGCAACUUGAAGGAAAUUCAUACAAUAUCUAUUGGAGAUGAAAUACUUGAGAAGAUUAACAACUCUGGUCCAGAAUCAACUGAAUAUCUUAAGGCAACAGGCGUUAAAGAGCAAAUAGGAACAGCGAACACAAAUAUUGAAGAGUAUCCAACAGGGGAAACAGAGGCACCUUUUACAAAAGCACCGGAAGAAGAAGAGAUGAAAGAUGAAGGAACUCUUAAACCAGCAGAUGUGCAUGAAGGAGUUGAGAAAGUUGAUGAAAGUGACAACAUCAGACAACAAGCCACAGAUGGAGAAAGCGGCAUGAAAAAGAUUCAUACAAUAUCUAUUGGAGAUGAAAAAUUUGAGAAUGUUAAAGAUUCUGGCUCAGAAUCCAUGGAGUAUUUCAAGGAAAUAGACUCCAAGGAGCAUAUAGAAACUGAAAACAAGGGAAUUAAAGAAGAUCCAACAGGGGAGACAGAAUUACCUGUUAUAAAAGCACCAAAAGAGGAAAAUUUACCAGAUGAAGGGAGUCUUAAGCCGGUAGAAGUCCAUGAAGGAGUUGAGAAAACUACAGAAAGUGAAAACAUAAUAGAACAGCCCGUAGAUGGAGUGAGCAACUUGAAGGAAAUUCAUACAAUAUCUAUUGGAGAUGAAAUACUUGAGAAGAUUAACAACUCUGGUCCAGAAUCAAUUGAAUAUCUCAAGGCAACAGACGUUAAAGAGCAAAUAGGAACAGCGAACACAAAUAUUGAAGAAUAUCCAAAAGGGGAAACAGAGGCACCUUUUACAAAAGCACUGGAAGAAGAAGAGAUGAAAGAUGAAGGAACACUAAAACCAGCAGAUGUGCGUGAAGGAGUUGAGAAAGUUGAUGAAAGUGACAACAUCAGACAACAAGCCAAAGAUGGAGAGAACAACAUGAAAAAGAUUCAUACAAUAUCUAUUGGAGAUGAAAAACUUGAGAACGUUAAAGAUUCUGGCUCAGAAUCCAUUGAGUAUUUCAAGGAAAUAGACUCCAAGGAGCAUAUAGAAACUGAAAACAAGGGUAUUAAAGAAGAUCCAACGGGGGAGACAGAAGUACCUGUUACAAAAGCAACAAAAGAGGAAAAUAUACCCGAUGAAGGGAGUCUUAAGCUGGUAGAAGUCCAUGAAGGAGUUGAGAAAGCUACAGAAAGUGAAAACAUAAUAGAACAGCCCGUAGAUGGAGUGAGCAACUUGCAGGAAAUUCAUACAAUAUCUAUUGGAGAUGAAAUACUUGAGAAGGUAAAUGAUUCUGGCCUAGAAUCCAUUGAAUAUCUUAAGGAAACAGACUACAAGGAGCAGAUAGAAACACUAAACACAGAUAUUGAAAAGGCUACAUUAGAGGAGACAGAAGCACUUGUAAUAAAAGCACCAGAAGAACAAAAGAUACAAGACGAAGGUAGUCUUAUGACAGCAGAUGUGCAUGAGGGAGUUGAGCAAGUUGCUGAAAGUGAAAACAUCAUACAACAAAACAAGGAUGGAGCGAACGAAAUGGAGGAAAUUCAUACAGGAUCUACUAGAGAUGAAAUAUUUGAGAAUGUGAAAGAAUCUGGCCCAAAAUCCACUGAAUAUCUCAAGGAAACAAACUCCAAGGAGCAAACAAAAGCAGUAAACAUGGAUAUCGGAGAAGAUACAACAGGGGAGGAAGAAGGACUUGUUAAGAUAACAGAAGUGCAUGAAGAAGUUGAGAAAGUUAAUGAAAGUAAAAACAUCAUAGAACAGGUCAAAAAUGGAGAAAGCAGCUUGAAGGAGAUUCGUACAAGAUCUACUGGGGAUGAAAUACUUGAGAAGAUGAACGAUUCUGGCCCUGAUUCAACUGAAUAUCCUAAGGCAACAGACUUCAAAGAGCAAAUAAUAACAGUGAACAAAAAUAUUGAAGAUCCAACAGGGGAGACAGAAGCACCUGUUACAAAAGCACCAGAAGAAGAAGAGAUGCAAGAUGAAGGUAUUCUUAAACCAGCAGAUGUGCAUGAGGGAUUUGAGAAAGUUGAUGAAAGUGUCCACAUCAGACAACAAGCGAUAGAGGUAGAAAGUGACUUGAUAAAAAUUCAUACAAUAUCUACUGGAGAUAAAAUUCUUGAGAACGUAAAAGAUUCUGGCUCAGAAUCCAAUGAAGAUAUCAAAGCAACAGACUCCAUGGAGCAUACAGAAACCAAAAACAUGGAUAUCAAAGAAGAUCCAACGUGGGAGGCAGAAGUACCUUUUAUAAAAGAACCAAAAGAAGAAAAUAUACCAGAUGAAGGUAGCCUUAAUCCAACAGAAGCGCAUGAAGGAGUCGAGAAAGUUCAUGAAAGUGAAAACAACAUAGAACAGCCAGUAGAUGGAGUGAGUGACUUGAAGGAAAUUUAUACAAAAAAAUCUAUUGGAGAUGAAAUACUUGAGAAGGUAAAAAAUUUUGGCCCAGAAUCCAUUGAAUAUCUUGAGGAAACAGACUCAAAGGAGCAUAUAGAACCACUAAACACAAAUUUUGAAAAAGAUUCAUCAAGUGAACCAGAAGCACUUGUUACAAAAGUACCAGCUGUGGAAAAGAUACAAGAUGAAGGAAGUCUUAAUACAGCCGAUGCACAUGAGGGAGUUGAGCAAGUUGAUGAAAGUGAAAACAACAUACAACAAAACCCAGAUGGAGAGCACUACAGCCAGGAAAUUCAUACAGGAUCUACUGAAGAUGAAAUACUUAAGAAUGUGGAAAACUCUGGUCCAAAAUCCAUUGAUAUUAAAGAAGAUACAAGGGAGAUAGAAGCAUCUCUUACAAAAGAAGAAAAGAUACAAGAUGAAGGCAGUCUUAACCCAACAGAUGGGCAUGAAGGAGUUGAGAAAGUUGAUAGGAGUGAAAACAUCAGAGAAUAUGCCAUAGCUGGAGAGAGCAACUUAAAGGAAAUUCAUACAACAUUUGUUGGAGAUGAAAUACUUGAGAAGGUGAAAGACUCUGACCAAAAAUCUACCAAGUAUCAUAGGGCAACAGAUUCCAAGGAGCAAAUAGAAACAGUAAACACGGAUAAUGAAGAAGAUCCAAUACAGGAGAUGGAAGCACCUAUCACAAAAGCACCAGAAGUAGAAAAAAUACAAGAUGAAGAUAGCCUUAAGCCAGCAAAGGUCCAUGAGGGAGUUGAGAAAGCUAAUGGAAGUGAAAACAUUAAAGAACAAGCCAUAGAUGGAGAGAGUGCAUUAAAGGAAAUCUAUACAAUCUCUGUUGGAGAUGGAAUACUUGAGAAGGACAAAGACUUUGGCCCAGAAUCCAUCAAAUAUCUCAAGGAAACAAAGUCCGAGCAGGAGAUAGCAACAGUAAACACAAAUAUUGAAGAAGAUCCAAUUGGGGAAACAGAGGCCACUGUUACCAAAGCACAAGAAGAAGAAAAGAUACAAGAUGAAGGUGGUCUUAAGGCAGUUGAUGGACAUGAAGGAGUUGAAAAAGCUGAUGGAGGCGCAAACAAUAGAGAACAGGUGAUAGAUGGAGAAAGUGACUUUAAGGAAAUUCAUGAAGUAUCUCUUGGAGAUGAUACACUUAACAAGGUGAAAUAUUGUAGCCCAGAAUCCACUGUAUAUCUUAAGGCAACAGACUCUGAAGAACAUAUAGAAACGGUAAACACAACUAUUAAUGAAGAUCCAAUAGAGGAAACAGAAGUACCUGCUACAAGAGCACUAGAAGAAGAAGAAGAAGAAAAGAUACAAGAUGAGGGUUGUGUUAAGCCAACAAAUGUCUCUGUGACAGUUGCUGAAGAUGAAGAGGAAAAGAUCAAAGAGGAUAUCAAAGUGGAAGAGGACAAUUUUCCUGACAAUGCCGACAAUGCAGUUGUGAUACCAGCAGAUUCAAGCUUAGGGGAAGCUCAGAUGGUUGACAAACCUGUGAAGGAUACCAGCUCAGAUGAGAGUUUAAAAACAAUCAAUGCUGAGCCUUGUCCACAUGCUGAAGAAGUUGGCAGCAUGACUCCUGAAAAAACUUCCUUUAGCUUGGUGUCUCAACUCCCAAAUAUGAAACACAAUGAUAUAGAGACAGAGACUGUAACUCCGGAGAAACCAGAUGCAGAUGAGGAAACCAAAACAGUUUCUGAUGCAGUUUUCCAGUCCAAAUAUCAUGGUGUUGAAGAAACGAAUAAGACUGGGCAAAGUUUAAGAGUGGAAAAUUUGGAUGCAGACAGAACAGAAGGAAUCAAAGAAGCUUCUGGAACAGUGUUGGAAUCCAAAUCCCUGGGCACUGAAGCAGUUAUCAUUGAUGAAAUCACUGCUGAUCAGAAUCUCCCUGCAGGAAAGUUGGAAGAGCAACUUCAAACACCAUCUUCUGAAUUGCUUUCCUGGGAACAGGAGCAUGGACCUACAACUAUUGUCAAGGAAACAGAAGCAAUAAAGACAAAGGAAGGGGAGAUACUUGAUGAUAAGAAUAUCAGUGAUUCUUCUGCCACAAAGGCAACAGAAGAGACAUGCUUACAAAAGGAAGAGCAACCUGAAACACUAUCUUCUAUAUUCCUUUCUACAGAACAAGAGCAUAGAACCACAACAACAUUCAAGAAGACGGAAGAGGAAAACAUAAAGGAAGUGGAGAUGCUAGAUGAGAAGGGUAUCAACAAUUCUUCAGCAAUAAAGGCAACAGAAGAGGCAUGCUUGGAGCAAGAAGAGCCCAAGGAGCUUGCAGUCUCCAAAUUGGGGCUUUUAGAUGGAGCUUCAAAAUUAGAGACUGCAGACAAAGAAGAAUGCGAGAAAAUCAAAGAACUAACAAGUCCAAUUGAGGACGCUUCCAAUCUUAGCUUUGAGACAAGUGAAAAAGCUUUGGAAACUAUGUUGGAUGUUCACAGUCGUGAAGCACUCAUUAACUCAGAAGAAGAGAUACAGGAUGAAGGUAUUGUGAAGCCUGAGGGUGUCUCCAUCACAGUGGCUAAAGAUUCAUUUGAAUAUAUUAAAGAGGAAAUCAAAGUGGAUAAUAUUUGUGACAAGACUGAAAAUGCAACUGCAGAAGUAGUAACAGCAAAGCCAAGUUCAGUGGAAGCUCAGCUGAAUGACAAGUCAACAGAGGAUACUAUCUCAGAUGAUAGAGUAGAAACAAGUACAAGGGAGUCCAAUCCACCAGCUGAAGAAGUUGCCAGCAUGAAGCUUGAAAAAACUUCCUCUAACUUGCCAUCUCAACUCCUAAAUGUGGCUACCAAAAAUGAAGAGAAAGAAAGUGAAACUCUGGAAAAUCCAGACGCAAAUGAAGUUGAGGAAACAAAAACAGCUUCUGAUGCAGUUUUUGAGUCCAAAUAUGAGGGUGUUAAAGAAACUGGUGAAACUGGGGAAAUCCUAAAAGUGGAGAAGCUGGAUGCAGCUGAUAUUGAAGAAAUGAAAGAAACUUCUGAAAUAUCAUCUAAAUCUAAGGCUCUAGGUUUAGUAGAAGUUAGUGAAGAUGAAGUCAUUGCUGGUCAGACUCUUCCAGAAGGGAAUUUGGGAGAGCAACUUCAACCAUCAUCUUCAUUUCUUUCCAGGGAAGAGCAGCAUGGAACUACAGUCAUAGUCAAGAGAACCGAAGAAGAGAACAUGAAAGAAGUUAAAACGCCAAGUGGUGAAGUACAAAAGGAAGAAGGUAGCACACUAGAUCAAGCUUCAAAAGUAGAGCCUCAUGUAAAAGAAGAGAUUAAAUAUGCUGAUUCUCCUUCAGAAACUGACGAAAUCAUAAAACUAACAAGACCAAUCCCCUCUAAUCUCAACUUUGGGAUAACUGAAAAGGCUUUCACUUAUGUGUCAGAGGUCCAGAGUCAUGAAGUACUCACCAAAUCAGAAGAUAUCAAUGAAAAGCAUCUCCAGACAGCAAUACCUGAUUUGAACACUGAAGAAAGUGAGAGUCAAUGCAAGAAAACAGUUGAAGCAAAUAAAAUAUUAAAGAACGUAGUUUCUAUUGAAGAGGUCACAGAGGAACAGGAAUUUGCCAAAGAUGCUAAAUCAGUUUCUCUUGGUGAAGAAACGAUUAUAGAGAGCCAUCAAGGAUAUGAAUCAAAAUCAGAAGAAUAUCCAGCAGAGGAGACAAAUAAAACAUGUAAAGCCACAACAGAUGCACAUCAGCAUGAAGCACUCAGGUUGUCUGAAAUAAUUGACGAGGGCAAUUUAAGUGAGGACAUUGCCAAGACGAUUCAAGUUGAAGAUAGAACUGUUGAGAAUGAGAAUGCAGCAGAGAGCUAUCUAGAUAAAGUACAGGGAGAGACUGUCAAGGAGGCAGCAAUGAAACUGGACCUUGAAAAUAAGAGUGGUGACACAAACUUCACAAAGGCAACAACGGAAGUCAUGACUCUCGAAGAAAAGGAGGCGGGCAUAGAGAUAUUGCAGAAAGAAGGCACAUUGGGCAUUGCAGAAGUCAAAGAAAUCACUCAAAACAUUCAGCAGUUAGAGACGACCUCUUAUGCAGCAUCUGAAACAAAGAUUCCAGGAGAAGAAUGCCCCAGUGAGAACACAGGGACAAUCAUUACAACAGCCCAUGAAGAUGUUCAACCAGUGUUACAGCACCCAAUUGACAAAGCCUUGGAGAAAGUUGAACUAAAAGUUACAAGACCUGGAAAAUCUACAGAGGCUGAUGCAGAAGUGAGAGAGGUUGAAUGUGAAGGAGAAAAAAGAAUUGGUGAUUUGGGUGAAAUAUUAACUGAGAAGUCUACAUCAGAGGAUUCAGCUAAGAUUUCAUUAUCCGACCUCAUGCAUAGAUCCAAGAAAGAAAAUUUGCAAGUGACUAAAGACUUGACCAAGGAAAGAGAACCAGUCCCUAGCAAAGAAGAAAUGCAAAAUCAAGAAGCAGAAACCACAGUUGAUGAAACAAAAACAGAUGAAGAGGAAGGAGAUGAACACAAAAGGACAGACCCAGGCUAUGAUGCUCCGGUCAUGGUAGAAGCUGCUAAAGACAUUGAUGUUAAGGUUGUGCACAAGAAACAUAAUAUCCUAUCAGGAGUUGGCUCAAAGGUCAAGCAUUCACUUUACAAGGUGAAGAAGGCUAUUACUGGAAAGUCUUCUCAUCCAAAGACAACAUCACCAAAAUAAAAUACAAAAUUAGAUUAUUUUGGCAGUUGAAAGAAGUCAGAUGCAAAGAUAGUUAUAUGAAAGGGUUUGUUCUUAGUUUGAUGUCUUGAGGUUUGAGUGUGGUGUGUAUUUGUGCGGCUUGUAUAAGUUUUGAUUCAUUAUCUGUAUAUUCAAUCCAAUAAUGACAUGUUAGUGUAUAGCCAA